AUGAGGGAGGGCGGCAGAAGCCGGAGCCCCUCCUCCAGGAGGGAACAGAGCAGUUCCCGUGGAGGACGGAGCCGCGAUAGCGCGAGUCGAAAACGCCGCUCCCGCAGUGAAGGCGACAGCGGCCGGCAGCAGGACAGGGAUAAUGGAAGCAGGCGCAGCAGGAAGAGACACCGCGACGGAGACCGCGGCGACAGUCAAGUCGAUAGGAGCAGCAGCAGCCGUCGCCACGAAGAUGGGCGACGAGGCGGUUCUGACUCCCACCGUGAUGGAGACAGCAAGGCGAGCAGGACACGAGACCGCCGCCGGCAGCGUGAUGAAGACAGCAGCCGUUCCCACGACAGUCAGGAGGCUCAUUCAUCCGGCGCAGAUCGUAGUCGACGCAGCCGCAAGCGAGAAAGAGAUCCCGACGACUCCCGCAGCCACAAGCACGACACAGACGUCAACAGAAACAAUGAACGAGACAGAGAUCCCCACAGCAGGACCACAACUCACAGGAGUAACAAACACGGAGAUGAACACGGGAGGCGGUCGCAUGGCGAGGGCGAUGCGGAACAUAGCCAUAGCGGUCGAAGGAGGCGACGCCGUGAGAGGAGAGGGCGAGGAGAGGAACAUGGGGAGAAAAAGGAGGAUGAAGGCGCGAAGCACGGCGAGGGAGGCGGAGGCGACGGGGGACAUGGUCGUAAAGCCCACGAGGACGGCAGACACGGAGAUGAACACGGGAGGCGGUCGCAUGGCGAGGGCGACGCGGAACAUAGCCGUGGCGGGCGAGGGAGGCGACGUCGUGAGAGGAGAGGGCGAGGAGAGGAACAUGGGGAGAAGAAGGAGGAUGAAGUCGCGAAGCACGGCGAGGGAGGCGGAGGCGACGGGGGACAUGGUCGUAAAGCCCACGAGGACGGCAGACACGGAGAUGACCACGGGAGGCGGUCGCAUGGCGAGGGCGACGCGGAACAUAGCCAGAGCGGUCGAAGGAGGCGACGCCGUGAGAGGAGAGGGCGAGGAGAGGAACAUGGGGAAAAGAAGGAGGAUGAAGGCGCGAAGCACGGCGAGGGAGGCGGAGGCGACGGGGGACAUGGUCGUAAAGCCCACGAGGACGGCAGACACGGAGAUGAACACGGGAGGCGGUCGCAUGGCGAGGGCGACGCGGAACAUAGCCAGAGCGGUCGAAGGAGGCGACGCCGUGAGAGGAGAGUGCGAGGAGAGGAGCAUGGGGAGAAGAAGGAGGAUGAAGUCGCGAAGCACGGCGAGGGAGGCGGAGGCGAUGGGGGACAUGGUCGUAAAGCCCACGAGGACGGCAGACACGGAGAUGACCAGGGGAGGCGGUCGCAUGGCGAGGGCGACGCGGAACAUAGCCGUGGCGGGCGAGGGAGGCGUCGUCGUGAGAGGAGAGGGCGAGGAGAGGAGCAUGGGGAGAAGAAGGAGGAUGAAGUCGCGAAGCACGGCGAAGGAGGCGGAGGCGACGGGGGACAUGGUCGUAAAGCCCACGAGGACGGCAGACACGGAGAUGACCAGGGGAGGCGGUCGCAUGGCGAGGGCGACGCGGAACAUAGCCAGAGCGGUCGAAGGAGGCGGCGCCGUGAGAGGAGAGGGCGAGGAGAGGAACAUGGGGAAAAGAAGGAGGAUGAAGGCGCGAAGCACGGCGAGGGAGGCGGAGGCGACGGGGGACAUGGUCGUAAAGCCCACGAGGACGGCAGACACGGAGAUGACCAGGGGAGGCGGUCGCAUGGCGAGGGCGACGCGGAACAUAGCCAGAGCGGUCGAAGGAGGCGGCGCCGUGAGAGGAGAGGGCGAGGAGAGGAACAUGGGGAAAAGAAGGAGGAUGAAGGCGCGAAGCACGGCGAGGGAGGCGGAGGCGACGGGGGACAUGGUCGUAAAGCCCACGAGGACGGCAGACACGGAGAUGAACACGGGAGGCGGUCGCAUGGCGAGGGCGACGCGGAACAUAGCCAGAGCGGUCGAAGGAGGCGACGCCGUGAGAGGAGAGUGCGAGGAGAGGAGCCUGGGGAGAAGAAGGAGGAUGAAGUCGCGAAGCACGGCGAGGGAGGCGGAGGCGAUGGGGGACAUGGUCGUAAAGCCCACGAGGACGGCAGACACGGAGAUGACCAGGGGAGGCGGUCGCAUGGCGAGGGCGACGCGGAACAUAGCCGUGGCGGGCGAGGGAGGCGUCGUCGUGAGAGGAGAGGGCGAGGAGAGGAACAUGGGGAAAAGAAGGAGGAUGAAGGCGCGAAGCACGGCGAGGGAGGCGGAGGCGAUGGGGGACAUGGUCGUAAAGCCCACGAGGACGGCAGACACGGAGAUGACCAGGGGAGGCGGUCGCAUGGCGAGGGCGACGCGGAACAUAGCCAGAGCGGGCGGGGGAGGCGUCGUCGUGGGGGGAGAGGGCAGGGCGAUACUGGUUACGAUGGAGGGCAGUCUAAUCGAGUGGCUGAGCAUGGAAAGGAAAGCCAGGGGGGGAAGGAGAGUGAGAAGCGGGAGGGCGAGGACGGCAAGGGUGGUCCUGGAGGCGAUGGCCAUGGGGGAGGAGGUCGUCACCCCGACCAUGAGGACAUGCAGGAGAGUGAGAGUGAGCGCGGCAGACGAGGCCGCAGGCGCAGGCGGCGUCAUCGGCAGCGGCAGGCGGAGGGAAGUGAGGGAGAGACGACCGGGGAGGCUCAAAAGCAUGGGCAUGCGCGAGGAGAGGGCGAGAGCGCGGGGGCUCAUGAACAGCACGCACCCGGGGGUGCCGCUGCGGAGGGGCAUCAUGGAGAGGAGCGCAGCGAGGGCGGCAGAGGGGCGACAGGCCACGUAGAGCGGCAGAACCACUCCACGCAUGGUGGCGGCGACCACGGCGACAAGAACAACAGCACAGGGCAUCCGCGAACGGAUGCCGCCCAUGAGAGACGCGGCGAGGGAGGCCCGGACAGUGCGCAUGCGGGGAGACACUCCGGCGACCACGGGGCCGACCAGCGCCAUGGAGAGACCCGAGGCGACAGCACUCACGGAGGCCAGCACGGCGAGGCGGGACAGGGAAACAGGCAAGGGGGGGGCGAAGGGCACGGUGGAGACAGGCGCGACGAGGACGGUCGCAGCGAAGGCCACCACGAGACCGGCAGAGCUCACGGAGGCGCGCACACCGGAGCCCGGGACUCCCACGGAACAGACAGCGACGACCACGAGCGGGGUGCCAACCGUAAUAUCCCCCACGCGAAUGGAAACGACAGCCGCGCCGGCGGAGGCGAACACGGCGACGGCCACGAUGGACAGCGGCACGGAGCGGGGCGAGACGGGGAGCCUCAGGAGAACCAGCAGGAGGAGCGCUCGCUGGGGUUCAGGCGACGCCGUGGCGACGAGCAAGGGCGCAGCCAAGCAAGGUCUCAGGGCGACGGAGACGACAACGACCAGGAUGGCGACGAAAGCGCCCUUUCUCGUCCGACGCGCAGCGCCCCCGGAAGGCCGUCAACGUUCUCUCGCUUCCGCCGGGACGACAAUUACGACAAUGGAACCGACGACGAUGGACAGAACAGAAGCGCAUAUGGGGGCUACAGGCAGGAUGCGGACGACUUCCGUUACCGUCGAGGAUACGACAUGCCUGCCCCGUUGCCUCCAACCCCGCCACCUCCUCCUUCCUAUGAUAUGAGGCCGGAUUAUCCGGACUACCCAAGGCCUGCAUUCCCAACGUAUUCUGCGCCAUCUGCGCCGGUGCCGAUGAUGUCAAGCGAGCCCAGCAGUCCGCCGCCUCCGCCUCCGCCUCCGCCUCCGCCUCCGCCUCCGCGGCCGACCAGUAUGUCAGGGGACGCGGCUGGACCGAGGAGCGCCGCGGACAGCGACUCGUACUCCGCAGGCGGUAGUACUGGCGGCGGUAGCGACGGUGAUGACGACGAUGACGAUGACACCGGCGGCACAGCUGGCGUGGGAGGUAGGGGUUCUCCGAGUGCUAACAAGAAUCGUGGCAGGGGGGUCUCAGGCGGCAAUGACGAUGAUGAUGACGAUGACGACGACGAUAAGGAGGGUGCGAAAGGAAAGCGCGGCAAGGAUGACGACGAUGACGACGAUAGGAAGGGCGCGAAAGGAAAGGGCGGCAAGGAUGACGACGACGACGAUGACGACGAUAGGAAGGGCGCGAAAGGAAAGGGCGGCAAGGAUGACGACGAUGACGACGAUAAGAAGGGCGCGAAAGGAAAGGGCGGCAAGGAUGACGACGAUGACGACGAUAAGAAGGGUGCGAAAGGAAAGGGUGGCAAGGAUGACGACGACGAUGACGACGAUAGGAAGGGCGCGAAAGGAAAGGGCGGCAAGGAUGACGACGAUGACGACGAUAAGAAGGGCGCGAAAGGAAAGGGCGGCAAGGAUGACGACGAUGACGACGAUAAGAAGGGCGCGAAAGGAAAGGGCGGCAAGGAUGACGACGAUGACGACGAUAAGAAGGGGAAAAAAAAGGGAGGCGAUGAGGAUUAUGAUGACGAGGACGACGACAAAGAUGGUGACAAACGCAAGAGCGGUAACAAAGGCAGCGGUGACAAAGGCGGUUCCAAGCAACGCAGAAGCGGUUCAGGCGGCGGCAAGGACGACGACGAUGAUGGUGAUGAUGAUGAGAAGGGGAGCAACGGCAAAUCAGCUUCGGCAGCGGACAAGGACGGUGCCGACAUGGAACAAGCGAUCCGAAACAUGGCAGCUAGACUUCGACUGGAUGGAGACGAGUUGGCGGCUAUAUACCAGGUCGACAAAGAGAAAGGCAGGCGUUUGGCCGCCACGCUCGCCAGAAUGCUGGAGGAAGGAGGAACGAGUCGAGAGCCGCUUGAUAAAAUAAUAUCCGAACCUCCACAGGGAUCGAGUACACGGGAUUUCUCUUCGGUGCGUCGCCUCAACUGGCGCGAACCUGCAGAGAAUCAUUGCCGGGCGACGAAUCCGUGGUGGCCUGGCUUCGCUGAGAGUGCUUCUCACGGUGAGCAGGGUGACGCAUCCUCUCCGCUCGUCAAGUAG